AUGCUUUGCACUCUACAUAGAAUUCAUUUGUGGUAUCUGGUUGCAACAGAAGAGGUGCCAAUGAUUGCCCUCCUUGAGAAAAUAGCCGUGCUGACUCAGACAACCACCACGUCUGAGUACGUCACCAAGUUCUGCAACCUUAUAGUGGAACUUGAUUGGAACAAGGAGGCGUACAUUACCCAACUCACGCGUGGCCUUCAUUGGAAGGUCAAGGAACUCCUGUCCACCAAGGACAAUAUUCCCAACAAAUUGGAGGCCAUCUUUGCUGCCUCCAUUAAAAUUGACAAUACUCAUUGGGAAAACAAGGAGAACCGCCCAAAGAAGGCACCUGCCAAGUCCCUGGCCACUGUGGCCACCUCCACCACCACUACCAGGGUCUGCCUAUUGGAAGACCCUAACUACGUCACCCUGGAGGAAAGGGACUGUCACCGUGCAUUGGGUCUUUGCGUGAAAUGUGGUCAGAGGGGGCACGGAAUCAAACAGUGUCCAAAUGGAUGGAGGGCCACAAUCAAGGAGGUGGCCAAAGUAGCCAAGGAUUCCGAGUUGGGAAAAGAUUGA